UAUCACUGCAGGACAGGUCCAAGGCUCUUGGACCUCUCAGUGACUUAUAGAGAAAACAGUGCCGCUGACAUGUAUCAUGGAGACAGUAUCAUACUUGCAGACUUGCAUCCAAAACCUUCUGAAUAAGGAAUUCAUCAAAGUCUUAAUGUUGGACCUUUGACAUCGACCACUGCAAACAUAUGAACCGUCUUUACUCCUGGCUAAACGGACCUGAGAUCCAAGGGAAGACUUUCAGGACGUAACGUGGUGCAUUGAACAUUUGAUUUUAUCAAGAGUUUGAACACUUUUCCCUGAGUUUUUUAUUGGCACUUCUGUGUCUUUUCCUGCUAAUUUAUCUUGGAAAAUGUUUCAUUGGUCUGGAUCAUAGCUCUGUUUUAGGACCUGUUUGCUUCAGAUAUUCCCUGGAUCUAACUUUGUUGCUGCGAUUACGGAGUUAAAGGGGCAUCAUUUAUCAUAAGGACUUCUUGUUGACAAAGCAAGGUUGUCCUUACAGUUACAUUUGAAUAGGAAGACUAUUUCAAGAAGACUUUGGCUGCAGGUCAGUGUGUGGCACUCUAAAAACAACAUGGGAUUUGUAUUGUAUUGGAUGUUUCCUCUUCUGGCUCUUCCAGUACUUCAGUCUGCCAAAAUCCUGACUGUCUGUCUAAUUGGAGGAAGCCACUACUUAUUAUUAGAUGAAAUUUCUCAUAACUUACACGAGCAUGGCCAUCAGGUCCGUAUGCUCUUGCAACAGGGCAACCCUGUUAUCAAAGGUUUUUCCUAUGCUGGCCGUGCAGACAGCUACCAGACGACCACUUGGUCCGUAGGAGAGGAAUACAUCAGAGAAUACAAUGGCUGGUUCCUGGAGCAACAGACACAGUUUUUACUGGGAAGGGAUAGCUUUAAGAACUUUCUAAACUUCAUGGGGCACCUGUCCUAUCAGUGUGACAGGCUGUUAGCGGACAAAGACAUUAUAAGUUUCCUCCAGAGGGAAAACUAUGACAUCGCCAUCCUUGAUGCUUUUAACCCCUGCUCCUUCAUCCUGGCACACAAACUUGGGGUCCGUUACAUAGCUUUCUACCCCGGCACUCUGAACGGCCCGCUGUCUAUCGCCCUCCCCAGCCCGGUGUCCCACGUGCCAGUCUUCAGCUCCCAGCUGUCCGACCACAUGAGCCUCUGGGGUCGUGCAAAGAACCUCUUCUAUUCUGUCUUGUCUCUUGUUGGCCAGGAACUUGUAUGGCGGACAUUUAGGGAAGUAGCUGAGCGCCACCUUGAGUCAGGACCCCCCCCUGGAGGUCUGAAGGAGUUACAUGGAGGAGCUGAACUCUGGGCCUUCAACACUGACUUUUCACUGGAGUUCCCCCAGCCCCUCAUGCCUUACACGGUGCUGGUGGGAGGUCUGCUGAGUAAACCUGCCAAGCCUCUGGAGCAGGAUCUUGAGUUGUGGAUCUCCAGUUUUGGAGAGGCAGGUUUUAUUGUCGUGACUUUGGGAUCAAUGGUGUCCUCAGUCUCUGUGGAGCGUCUGCUUGUGGAGCUGGUGGCCGGCUUCUCUAGGAUCCCUCAGGGGGUUUUCUGGAGGUAUGACCCCAUGCGCUGGCCAUCUCAUCUGGAUAAACCUUCUAAUCUCAUGAUAAGGGACUGGCUGCCUCUUAAUGAUCUGCUGGGCCACAAUAAAGCUCGUCUCUUCAUCACCCAUGGUGGACAAAACAGCCUGCUCCAGGCGGUGUACCAUGCUGUUCCUGUGCUGGGAAUCCCUCUGUUUGGGGAUCAGUUUGAUAAUGUGGUGAGGGCUGAAACAAAGGGACUUGGCCUCACCAUCAACCCCACACACAUCACCAGGGAGCUGCUCAGCUCCACAAUUCAAAAACUCACACAGGACGUCAGGUACAGUAUGUGGGCAACAUUGGUGAUGCCAGUACAGCACAGAUAUGUCUGUAAUUACUCCUCAUUUCUCUUUCUUCCGAUUAUAUUCCUUUAUAGGAUCAAGUCUUCAGCUUUGUCCCUUAGCAGGAUCCACAAAUCUCAUCCUGUCCCUCCAGCCCUUCGACUCAUCCAGUGGGUUGAGCACAUCCUGCAUAGUGGAGGUGGAGCUCAUCUAAGGCCUGCUUCACUGACACAAGCCUGGUACCAGAGAUACCUGCUGGACCUGGCGCUUCUUCUCUUCCUGGGGCUUCUGGGACCUGUAGUUCUCUGCUGGACUUUCUGUAGGAAGAAGAAUAGCAGGGACAAACACAAAAAAGUACAAUAGCAGUGCUAAGGGACACUUUAGAUGUUUAAUUCAGUUCUGAGAUUGAGUUUAUGUUGGACUUGCACCAAUGCCAAUAUGAGAAUUUACUGCAAACCUAAAAUACUGCCGAAGUACAACUAAUAAUCCAGUCUUGUUGUAAUCUAUUCAUAACAAUUCACCAGAAAAUAUUGGUAUUUUAAUUCAGAAAAAAUUCCCUUUAAUUAUCAAAAGAAAAGUUGAAAAUAAUAAAAGAAAAUAUUAUUGUUUUUAAGGAUUUCACAUAAAUGUGCAAACAAUGCAUUAAAAACUGUUUUGAUGGUAGGAAUAACGUUGCAUAACUUUGAUUUGCUCGAAUUUGCAUACUGAAUAGAGUUUCAUAUUCUGCAUUUCCAGUUUCUCUUAAGCCAGUAACCUUUUAAUGCCAAGUGUCCUGCCCUCUCCCCUCCCAGCGCCAUCGUGACUACCAGACAUCUCAUUUGUUCUGCAGUGCCACAUUGUCCAACACCUCUGUGCUGCUUUGACCUGACUGUGCUGCAAGCAAGGGUGGCUGAUAGUAGACAUGCAAACACACUCACCCCACCAAGCACUGCUUUUGUGCUUUUGUGUUGUUUCGUGUGGCAGCCAGCCUAAGAGUAUAUUGAUGUUUGUUGAGACAUUCUUUGUGCUGCAAUGCUAGGCUAGGUGGGUACUUUUGUGUAGAUGCAAUAUAUUGAUAGUCAUAGAAUAUACCUGAACUCUCAAAAAGGUAUGCUCUACCUGGAGAGUGUGUUUAUGCACGUGUGUAUCUGGAUGUGUGUAUUUGGGGCAGCGUAAUGGUCUACUGGCUCUUCAAUUAUCAACCACCUGCAAGUCUCCCCUCUGACCCCCACACCCUCCUCUGCUGGUUUCCGCUGAGUCUCCUUCCCCUUUCUAAACAAGGCACAAAAGCGUACAGCAGCGUUCACGGUCAGCGCUCAAGCCAUCCUUGAAAGCAGCCCAGGCCUUGGAGGACCCCCCUCUCUGUUCUGUCCUCCCUCCCACUCUUCACAUCUGUGUUGGGGGUUAGCAGGGAGGAAAAUAUAGAUUAGCAAGGAAAUAAUGACCAAUUAGGACAGCUUGUUCUGUGUCCAUUCAGCUGUCCAUUCUUUCAUUCCUUCCCUGCAUUUCAUUCGUCUGUUGGGCUGGCAGUUGAAGGUGCCAGUGAGUCUUCCUCUGUCUCGCACGCAAUCCUAAACAGGCAGGGCAAAGCAGCCAAAGCAUGAGACAACAGGACCACCGGUGGGGAAAAAAAGGAAAGAGGCAAACACAGAGGAAACUUUAAUGAUGAAGAAGAAGGACACAACAAUGAAAAAGAAAACACAGACAAUUAUUGAAAUCAGAAACAAAGCUUUGAGAGAAAGAAGCUAGAAAUAGUCAUCAUUAAUAAUAUAACUACAAUAACAUUUUGUUAUUUUUUUGUUUUAAGCUAGAAAUUAAAUCAUUUAUUUUAACUUGACUAACAACCAUGGCAUUUAGGCAAAACAGGACUACUUCAGGUGACCUGCUGUCACAAGCAAGAUACUAUUAAUUAAAAAUAAAGUAUAGUUGCAUCACUAUGUCACAUUAGAUGGGGCAAGAGGGAGGAAAUAAUUGAUGUAAAGUUUCUUAAAUCAUGGAUGUGUUAUUUUUAACUCAGAGGGAUGUGUAAAGGCUCUGAUGUGUUUUUGUUAAGUGUGAAAAAAGAACGUUUGACAUAAUUGCAUUAAAACUGGAUCUACUCUAGUA